AUGCAAAAUAAGGGGGCAAUCCACGGCUUAGCCGUACCGAACCAACGACGUCAACGUCGUAAGUACCGCGCAGAUACCACAUACACCGAUAAAGGACCCAAACCGGACGGUGGAAAGUUUCUUGCGUUCGAUCACAUCACAUUCUACGUCGGAAACGCCAAACAGGCGGCCAGCUACUAUACGACGCGUUUCGGCUUCGAGGAUUACGCGUACCAGGGUUUGGAAACGGGCAGCCGUCAGCUGGUGAAGCAUGCCGUCCGCCAGAAUCGGAUCGUGUUCGUGUUUGUGUCGGCCUACGAGCCGGGCCACCGUGAGCACGGAGACCAUCUGGUACGACACGGAGACGGAGUUAAGGAUGUUGCUUUCGAGGUCGAGGACCUGGACGUGAUCGUGCGCCGUGCAAAGGAGCGGGGCGCCAAGGUGGUGCGCGACGUAUGGGAGGAGUCCGACGAGCAGGGUACGGUGCGGUUUGCGACGGUGCAAACGUACGGCGAUACGGUGCACACGUUCGUCGAGCGCCACCGCUAUCGUGGACUGUUUUUGCCCGGUUACAAACCACCGCUGUAUCGGGACGUGCUGCUGCCCACGCUGCCAACGGUCGGGUUGAACUUUAUCGAUCACGUGGUGGGCAAUCAGCCCGAUUUGCAGAUGGAAUCGGUUGCCGCCUGGUACGAGAAGAUGCUAAUGUUUCACCGUUUCUGGUCGGUGGACGAUAGCCAGAUCCAUACGGAGUAUUCGGCGCUCCGGUCGAUCGUGGUGACGAACUACGAGGAAACGGUCAAGAUGCCGAUCAAUGAACCGGCCAAGGGGAAGAAAAAAUCCCAAAUCGAAGAGUACGUGGAGUAUUACGGUGGGGCCGGCGUGCAACACAUUGCGCUGAACACGGGCGACAUCAUUGCCGCUAUACGUAACCUUCGCGCCCGGGGCCAGCAGUUCCUGUCCAUCCCGGACACGUACUACGAUCAGUUGCGCCAGCGGCUCAAGUCGAGCAGCGUGAAGAUUAAGGAAGAUCUGGCGGUGCUGCAAGAGCUUAAAAUUCUGAUCGAUUACGACGAGGACGGGUAUCUGUUGCAGAUAUUCUCCAAGAAUAUGCAAGACCGGCCGACACUGUUCAUUGAAGUUAUUCAACGACACAACCAUAAUGGUUUUGGUGCUGGCAACUUUAAGGCACUGUUCGAAGCGAUCGAAGCGGAUCAAGAAAAGCGUGGAAACUUGUAA